GUGACGGUCUACUUGUUUGUAAAUACAACAAAUUGACGUUAACGUAUUAACAUCCUUUUAAACUUUUUUAUCAGUUCGAAAUAAAAACAAAAGUUAAUUUCAGUGAAUAUUUUAUAUAUUUUUUUAAAUUAAAUUUAACAACAAAUCAUAAUGGAGGAGGCUGAAAUUAUAAGAGACAUCGUCUUAGAUGCAUAUGAAGUAAAUUCAUUGCAUGUCGUGGACGUUACCUAUAUCGUCAAUCCACACAAUUUUUACGUACGACCCAUUAAGUAUAGACCGGUGGUUAACCAAUUUGAGUCUGCGGUGCCGAUUGCAAAAGUUUCUUUUGUUAACGUGGGAGAUAUGGUCUUGUAUAACUGGGGGCAGUCGUGUGGAGCCUCUAAAUAUAUUAGAGGGAAAAUAUUGAAAGUUCUUGAAGUUGAGAGUUUCUUUGACUACGAUCUAUUUGCUGUUGAUUACGGCUUUGUCGAAAAGGCAGUUCCUCUAGAGUUUUUGUGGCAAUGUAAGGAAGAAUUUCAAAAAGUCCCCCCAUUAGCCGCUUUUUGUGAGCUCGGUAAUUGUUUCCCACCAGGAUUGCCGACCUGGCCUGCCCACUCAAUCGAAGGCUUUAAAUUUUAUGCGGGAAAUGAGCAAUCUAAAAUGCUUGUUUUAAACAAAAAAGAUGAAAAACUGGUCGUAAAACUAGUCAACUCCAAUCCGGAAGAUAUUGCGACAAUGUUAGCUAAAGGGGCAUAUUCAAAAUUGGCACCCCUCUAUGAGGAUGUCAUGUGGCAUCCAACAACUGUUCGGAAACAGCAACAUUUCACGUUUAGAGAACUGGCAGUUAACGAUACCUUACACGUUAAGGUACUGGCUGGGUCGUCCCUGAAAGAAUUCUACGUCGCUGACAUUGGUGACUAUAGAAGGCAUUUGAAAGAGAAAAGCAACAUUACGUUCUAUGCCAGACAGGAGUUUCGAGUCUGUGAAACCGAUAUGGUCGAGGGUAUGAUCUUAUGCAUGAGAGAUGAAAGUCGCAACAUGUAUGAAAGGGGUCUACUAAAAAGAAUAUUAGUUGACGAGUAUAAAGCUAUAGUUCACCUUGUAGACCAGGGCAUAGAUGUUGAGGUGCCUACUAACAUAUUAAAAUACAUGCCAGCUAUGUGUCUAAGGAGUUCAGUACUUGCUAUUUUUUGCACGGCAGAUGAGACUCAAGCUUGGAACAGUGGGGUGGAAACAGCUUUGACCCCUGGUCAACAGUUUCUCAUAACCAUCAAGAAGCUCGGCUAUCAGUUUGAAUGCCCCCAUCUAGUAUAUGUCGAACCCCUACGAGACCCACUGGGGGCUGCCGCAAUAUCCCCUGCCGAGUUAUUGGUUUUAGAAGAAGAAGAAAGAGAAAGGGCAGAAAUGGCGGCUGCCAAAGAAGCAGCCAAAAAAGAUUUGGAGGAAUUUGCUUCCAUUGCAACUAUAUCUGGAAUUUCCAUCGCAGCUUGUGCUAUACGAGAAGACUCGGAGGAGAAUAUUGAAGGUGCUGUCGGCACAGCGUCGACUUCGGCCGACGAACAGGUUUCCGAUGAAGCUUUAUUCGUUAAACCAAAUUAAAAACUUAUAAAUUUAUCCCUUAACACUAUAUAUCAUUUUCAUAUUCGAUGUAGUAAAAAAAUACGUCUCAGUACUGUUUGACGAGGUGGAAUAAAAAAUGAUCGACACUUUAGUAAUGAUAUUGAAAUGUGAUAUUGCUGUUGGAAUGUUAUAUCAUGGAAAUUCAUAUUGUUUAUUGUUUUUUAUAGCGAAUUGUAAACAUUCGAUUUAUAUUUAUUCUAUAAACGUAUGAAAAAAAAAUGUAAGGAAAAGGAAUUUCGAAUUUGUAUCCAUGUAUUAAGCGAAGCGAAGCUUUACGUGUCUAUUUUUUUGUCAAUUUAUUGAAUAUCUGACUUUAUAGGAUGUAACUCUAUAAUGAGGGCUGUAGUUUUAGAUAAUUCCUUGGCAUAUAAUAAGACCCUCGGUAUUAUAUAAAUGUUAUACAUAUAUUAUAAUUAGCGAAAUGUUACUGUCGCUUGUACCAGGUAUGUGGAGGCUAUAAGUUUCACUUAUUUCAAACUAUGUCUGUUUAUUAAGCAGGGUUUAGACGAGCUGUUGAUUACUAAAGUGAUAUUUUCAGCGUUAUGGAAAGUACAGUUUUUGUACUGGAAUGUAGGUAGGUAGGAAUUUUUAAUUCUGAUGUUCUGGAAAUGUUUGAAAAGAAAAGAACCUUAACGAUGGUUAUAUAAAAAUAUUGUUUAUUUACAUUAAAUAUUAAUUGUUCUCUUGUAGUUGGUCAUAGAUUUGUAAUAGACAAACCAUAUUCGUGUUAUAACAAUAGAUUCCGUACUUCUUGAUGUAUACAUGUCAUCUCAUGUAUGUAGAAAAAUAAAAAGUGUCCGCACGAUUGUGUGUUUU